UAAUGGGGGAAACGAUAAAAACCUUAUGGGUCGACACUUCCAUCGAGGGUUUCGUUUCGCUGUUCUGCCUUUAUACCAAAACUAGACUAGGAAAAUUUAUUUUAUCUUAACAGUUAUUUACAACAGGAAUCCCGGGAAUGACGAACAUUCAUUAGAUCUUGCUAAAUAAUGGCCUCAUUUAGCUGGAAGAGGAAGAUUGGCGAGAAGGUGUCAAAGUCAGUGGUUCAGCACUUUGACGUUGAGGACGAGAGAAGUGAAGGUGAUGAUGUUGAGGCAGGUCGCGAUGAAGAGGUGGACUGGCUGCACGCUACCAAAAAGAGGAAGGAGAUGCUGCUGGAGGACUGUGCUGCAAAAAGCAGGAGACUGAAAGAAGUGGGGACCAUGCUGGCUGAGGAGGGCAGGCACUGGGAGGCCAUAAAGAAGUGGGAUGAAGCUAUCCAGCUGACUCCAGACAACUCACUGCUGUACGAAAUGAAAUCUCAGGUGCUGACCAUUCUGCAUGAAGUGUUUCCAGCUGUGAAAGCAGCAGAGAUGGCCGUGACGUUCAAGCCGUUGUGGUGGGAGGGCUGGCGGACUCUGGGCCGGGCGCAGCUCAACCUGGGAGAGGUGGACCUGGCUGUGAAGUCCUUCCAGAUCGCCAUCCACUUGUGUCCCUCGGAGCGCAGCCUGUGGCAGGAGGAUUUGAACUGGGCAUUGACCUUACAGAAGCAGCAGCUGGCCACCAAGGAGAAGAUUAGACAAGAGGAGGAGACCAAAAAGCAGAUUCUUAAUGCCCCCGAGCUGGAGCAGGACUACGACUUUGAGUCUGAUGAGGUCCUAGCAGCCUGUGUGGCCGUCGCUGAGAGACAGUCGCUGUACGAGGAGCUGAGGAGGACCACCGUCAUCAUAGACGCCGAGGGGAAUGUACGAAACGUAGUGAGUGGGGAAGAGGGAUCACAGGACACAGAUACACCAGCAAAGGAGCAGUUUGUUAAAGCAAGAGGACUCUGAACUACUCUCAUAUUGAACUGAUUAUCCUGUGCAAAGCGUAAACUUCAUAUUAGGAACAAAGAUCACAGAAGACUUGGUUGUUGCAACUCUUUGUAUUCAACUAUUCCAUCCCUUCACCAUCAAUUAUAGCAAAAUUUCAAUGUUAAGUUUUUAUAUCCAUUGUGACUCAUGAGGCUGGAAUUGAAAGUGGAAAGAUCAGCCUGAGGAGUCAUGUUUCAGUCAGUGAAAGUCUGUUCAGUGUUCAUCACUUUCAUUUAUGCAGAAAUGGAUCCAGAUACAGUGCCUUACAAAAGUUUUCAUACCCCUUGAAGUUUUUCACAUUACAACAACAGACCUAAAUGUGUUUACUAGGAUUUGAUGUGAUGGACAAAAACAAAGCAGCAGAUCAUUGUUCAGUGGAAGGCUAAUUAUACAUAGGUUUCAGUUCUAUUACAGAUAAACAUGUGAACGGUGUGGCAUGCGUUUGCAUUCAGCUCUCCUGGGUCAACACUGCAUUGAACCACCUUUGAUUUUCCAGCUGUCAAUCUUUUGGGCUGUGUCUCCACCAUGUUUGCACAUCAACAUACUGAAACUUAGACCCAUUUUUCCUGUGCAGAACCACUCAAACCUAAUCAGCUUGGCUAGAGAGUAUCUUUGAACAUCAAUUUUCGGGUCAAAUUCUAAAUUGGAUUUGGAGCAGGACUUUGACUAGUCCACAUGAACUUGCUUUGAUCCAAACCAUUCCAUAUCAGCUCUGGUUGAAUGUUUAUGGUUGUUGACCAGCUGCAAUGCAAACCUUUACUCCAGUGUCACUCCAGCCUCUUGCAGGUUAUCUUCCAAAAGCAACCUGUAUUUAGCUCAAUCUGUCUUCCAUUAACUCUGACCGGCUUCCCCGUUGUUGCUGAAGAAAAGCAUUCCCACAACAUGAAGCUGCCUCCAUAAUGUUUUACUGUGACUGUGGUGUGUUCAAGGUGAUGUACACUUUAGUUCUCCACCACACACACAGUCCUGCAUAUAUACCCAAAGAAUUCCAACUUUGGUCCAAUCUGACCAGAGAUCUAUCUUCCCCAUGUUGGCUGUGUCCCUUUUGUGACUUGUGACAAGCUUCAGUGGGACUUUUUAUGUAUUUUAUUUCAGCAAUACGGUUCUCCUUCCCAACCUUCCCUAAAGGCCAAAUUUGUGGACAGCGAUAGUUGUCAUUUUGACAGAUUCUUCCUCCUGAGCUGCAUAUCUCUGCAGCUCCCCAAGAAUUAACAUGGACUUCUUGACUGCCGCUCUGAUUAAGGUUCUCCUUGCCCAGCCUGUCAAUUAAGAUGGGCAGACCUUGUCAUUUUGGAUUAAACCGUGAGAUGUUCAAGGCUCGGGAUAUUGUUUUAUAAGCUAACCUUAAUUUAUAUUUCUCCACAAUUGUAUUCCUGACCUGUCUGUCUGAUUGGUUCCCUUGGUUCAUCAGGUUAUGGACUCUCUUUUACUAGUUAGGGGACUUCUAAUGGCUAUUGGUUGCACUGGAGUUUAUUUAGGGGUAUCAGAUUAAAAGGGGUAAAUGCAAAUGCACACCACGCCUUUCAUUUUUUAAAUUUUUAUCAAUAGUUUGAAACCUUGUAUUGUUUUUGCUCUGCUUCACAUUCAUUUGCCACUUUGUGUUGGUUUAUCACAAUCCCAGAAAAAUACAUUAAGGUUUGUGGUUUUAAUUUGAGAAAUCUGUAAAAGGUUCAGGAGGUAGAAUUGCUUCAACAAGGCACUGUAGUUAUGAAAGAACCAAAUUUAGUGUGUUUUAAUCUGAAAGGGGUUGUUAUUGUGAAAUGUUAUGUUAGUUAGACUAUGUUUUAUCUACUUUAAGAUACAGUAAAAGGCUUUUGUCAGUUUAAUCCAAAUGCAAUCCGGACAUUAAACUUGUUCUGAAUAAAACGUUUUAGGUUUUUGACGUGGGAUUCUAAAUUGAAAUGAUUGUUAAUGUGAGUAGAUGUUAGUAAAACCGGCUUUUCCUCUACAUUGCACUCAGUUAAAGUGUCAUCAAGUGAACAAACAUACUUUAAGGUUUGAUAUGAAACCAUCCUUUUAUUUUCUUAAGUUUUUAGAGUUUUUGUAGUUUUUAUUUCACAGCCUUGUACUUUAAUCAAAUCUUUCUGACAAAAGAUUGGACACUGGAUUUGGAAAAUGCGUUCUCUUAACCAAUUAAGAAAAUUAUCUGUAUACUUCACAAAAUCUAAAUAAAAAAUGUAAAACUAAUUUAUUGUUUCUGACAAAUAUACAGAACAAACCCAAAAACGAGGAUAAAAAAACCUUCCAAGUUUUGCUGCACAGCUUGAGUUUAGAUCAAGCCAGAAACUGAAGCCUGAAAAGAAAAAAGUCAACUGUUCAAUAUUUACUGACAUGAUCUAAAUCGCAUCUCACUUUGAAGACAUUCCUAAAGCAUGUGACUUGUUGACUUACAUGCUUCGGUCAGACCAAUCCAAAAUACGUCCUACAGGGCUGAGGUCACAAGACUGAUUGGAGGCUUGCUUUCUUCUCCAUGUUGUUUUUGCCUGGCGCAGAUGUUAGUCUGAGCUAGUCAGUUGAGCUUUCACAAUAGUGACAGUGAGUUCAUGGUGGUGUAAAAUGUACAUUUUUCCCCAUCUUCUUUUUCAUAUAGGUUUAAAAAAUUGCAUUUUGGUGUUAUCUGACCUGAUAACCUUCCAUAUAUUUGCUGACUUGAACCUUUAUGUUUGUCCUGAUGGUCACCAUUACUGGCAGGGCAAAAACAGACAGAAGUGUUUAUGUUAAGACCUGAUUCCUAACCAUUGUUUAUAAAAGAUUUUAUUUAUUUUUGAAAUGUCUUGAUAAUUAGAUAAUUGUGUAUUAUUGUAUGAAGAAAACACCCCCAAAAAAGCAAAGUCUCAGUGACAAAAAGAGUUAAUUAUUUUGUGAAAGAACAAAAAAUCAUGCAAAUAUCUAUACAUUAAAAUUAUUCAUGAUUAUGUUGCAGGUGCAGCUGUUGUUUGAGGAUCUUUUGUAGUAAGGUAAAUGGUGCCAAACUGUAUGUCAUCAGGGUGUGUCAUUUACCUUCAUGCUUCAUGGUCUGCAUGUGUCUUACUACUGUGUCCAGAUGUGUGUCUGUUUGAGAGAAUAAAUAAGGAAUUCCUUGUUUAAA